GUCAAAAAUAUAAUAAAAUUAUUGGUCAUGGACGACGUUGGGCAUAAAAAACGAAGGCACGAUACACAUUAUGGGUCUUCUGAUUACCAUCCUCGUUACAAGAAACACAACAUGGGAAACCAAAGGGAUGAUUGGAGAUCAGGUCAAAAUUUUCGUGACAAAGAUCGCUACAAUGAACGACAAGAAAGAAAUCGUGGUGGGAAUAACCAGUACAGAGAUAAUUCCGAUUCAAUAUGGGAUGUUGAGAUCAAUCUUAUUGGGCAGAAAGAUCCUAAUCCAAUGAUACAUCUCUGUGAUACAUGCAGACUGCCCAUAAGAAGUUAUGGACGAUUGAUUCCUUGCAAACAUGUUUUCUGCUUCAAAUGUGCAAAAAAGACAGACAAGAAUUGUCCAAGAUGUGGAGAUGAAGUUCAUCGUAUUGAACAAUGUCGUCAUGGCACAGUUUGGAUGUGUGGUGUUUCAAACUGCAGCAGAACAUACUUAUCACAAAGAGAUUUACAAGCUCACAUAAAUCACCGCCAUGACAAGCCGCCUCCUCCACCAACUUUACCUACUGUUCCUAUGCCACCAUUGACAGCAGGAGGGAUACUGGUGCCACCUCCUCCAGUAUCUACAAUCCCGCUCCAAAACCUUCCGCCAGUUCCUUCCCCCUAUGUCCUAAUGCCGAAUGUUUCUACAAAUCAGCCCCCUCCAUCAAUUAUUCCUCAGCCUGCCGAUCAAACAAUCCCAUCAUCUCAGCCUAUGGACAUGCUUACUCGUCCAAGCAGCAAUCUAAUAACAAUUCAAAUUCAGGAUGAUCAACAAAAUAUCAUCAAUUACAAUCAACCCCCUCCCCAAGCACAGCAGUCUGUAACAUACACUUCAACAGCAAACCAACAACCCCCAGGAUCGAACAGUCAAAACAAUGCUCAAUGGCUGCCACCCCGUUCUAAUAGAUCACAAAAUCAUUCGUCUAAUUACUAAGUAUUUGUUAUUCUUGCGUGUGAAAAACUUGUUUCAAAGCGAAUUCUCAGCAUAGAUGUUUUGGGUCACGACUUAGACCUAUGAAUCGCUUUUGCUAAUGAGUAGUCAUGUUUGUCUGGGGACAAAGAAUCAUCAUCUUUCAACUACUGGCAAGAUGCUUUCAAAUUUUCAGUAGUCUAAUUGGAAAUGUCUAUUAAAAUUGUUUCCAUUUUCUUUAGGCUUCUUUCAGCCCGUUAUUCACUCACUCGUUAUUUCUCUAAAUAGUUGCAUCACCAAAUUAAAUGCACAUUCAGUUUUUCGUUUCCAUGUAAUUGUGUUGCAUGUAAUGUUUUAUUUUUUCAUGCAAUAAAUUGCAAUGUUUUGGAUAUUGUUUUCACAACAUUCUGAAUCAAUAAAAUAUUUGUUUUCUA